AUGAACAAUCUACGAGGGUAUAUGAGGUCGAGUCUGCAGGCGACAAAGAAAGUCAUGCACCUGCCCAAUGUCGCGGCAAGGAAACCCAGUGAGAGGAGGGCACCGAAUGCUCCGGUGCCAAAUGCUCUCUCGCGCAUCAGCGUCUCUCAGCUACUUCCAAGACACAACAAGCAGGUCGAGGUUCCUCGAAUGACCCACGAGCCCCAGCCCUUCAUUCUUCCCCAGUACUUCCGAGAAGGAGCCCCCCUCCCCCUCACCAUCCCCAAGCACUUCACCAUGCAAGAGGAGAGCGUCAAGUUCGACCCCGAACGUCACCUCAACAUCUGCAAGGAGAUCGCCGUCUCAAGAUCGCAUGGGAGCGUCUACACCAAACCCUUCCGGUUGCUGAGCGAGGAGGGCGUGGAGGUCCUGCGGCGAAUCAUCGAGGCCAACGAGGAGCAUGCGAAGCAGAUGGUUCGCUCACCUAAGUGUCUCCGCGGCCUCGGCUAUCGCUCCCAGUUCGUGCGGGACCUGUCGACAUACAGGCCCCUCCUCGAUCUCCUUUCCUCCCUCGCAGGCGAGCCCAUCUCCCUGCAUGCUCAUGGGAUGAACAUCGGGCACACCAACUUCGGGGAGGUCGGGGGCGCAGCAGCUGAGAAGUGGCACGUGGACUCAGUCGACUACGUGCUCAUCGUCAUGCUGUCGGACCCGGUCGGCAUGCAGGGAGGAGACCUGCAGCUCUAUCUGCCGCAGGCAGCAGCUGACGCUCACUCGUCCUGGGACCAGCUCUCGGGGGGCACUGCGAGGAAGGAGGACGUCCGUAGCCUCCAGUUCCCCUCCGCAGGGUACGCGACGUUCGUGCAAGGCUCCAAGAUCUUCCAUACGGUCUCCCCUCUCCUCGCUGCUAAGGGGCCCCGCAUCACCCUCGUCAACUCCUUCACGUCCAACAAUGUCUUCAAGCCUGACUCCACGCGCUUCUCCUCCUACAAGGACACCUUCCUCGACCCCCCCGACGUCGUCGACAUCGAGUUCUCCCGCCAUCGCGCCGCCAGGGCCAUCGGGCAGCUGGAGCAUCUCCUCAACGCCUCCUGGGACACGCCAGCGGUCGAGCUUGCGUCUGUGUUGCAGCUGGCGGGACAGGAGCUGCUGAUGACGUCACGGCUACUGCGAGGGGAGGAGAAGGACAUGCUGAGCUGCAACUCAGCAGAGCAGAAGAGGAUCGGAGGAGACGUGAAGGCAGGAUGA